UAAGGUCGCAUUACUCAGCCCAUCCGAUCGGUCAGUUAGCCGCGAACGCGCGAGUCGUCAAUUUCGUUAGCGCGCGAAUUUCCACAGAUAAAACAAAAUGUUGUUUUACUUUUUCACAGCUGUGUUACUGUCCAGUGCACACGCCAAGUUUUAUAAAGAUUGUGGAUCAAAGCUAGCUACAGUCCAGGAUGUGGGCAUCACGGGAUGCGCCCCGGACGCGAAGGAAUGCGUGCUCAAGAGGAACACCAAUGCAACUAUAUCUAUCGACUUUACACCUAAUAUGGACGUGAAAGCCAUCGACACAGUGGUGCACGGCGUCAUCAUGAAUCUGCCCGUGCCCUUCCCCAUGCCGAAUCCGGAUGCUUGCAAAGAUGAGGGCCUAACCUGCCCCAUAAAGAGUGGUGAAAAGCAGGCGUACAGGGCAACACUGCCAGUAUUAAAAUCAUACCCAAAAGUCAAAGUUGAUGUCAAAUGGGAAUUGAAAAGCGAUGAAGGAGAUUUAGUCUGCAUCAUGAUACCCGCUAAAAUCAAUUAAAUAUUAUCUUUUUAGAGGUUAUUUUUAUUAUCUGUAAACAUUUUGAGAAUCACAAUUUAAAUACGUAAAUUCUAAAAUUCAGUUACCAUUGAAAGCUUCUUAAUAAUUGUUAUCUGCUUACUACCAUUCUUGUAUAAGUUUUCAUAGUGUUACAAUAAUAAUACAUAUAACAUAAUAUUCCCUAAGCUAGCAACAUCGGCAGUUCUUAAGUGGAUUUUUUAAUGAAUCAAUAUUUUAUAAAAAUAUGUGUUUUAAAUAUAAUACAAAAAGGUUUUAUAAAAUAGGUAUAUAAUUAAAGGUGUAAGCAAGAAGUUUUAUGGUUAACGUUUAAAAGUCUUGCCUUAAUUUCACCAAAGUUGUACAAUACUUUAUGAAUAAGAUUUGAAUAAAAUUUUAAUUAUUUAA